UCGUGACAGGUUUUCAUCGGCAUUGACCGAGCGAGGUUUACAAACGAUUUGAAAUGGGAUUUCAACAUUACAUCGUCUCCUUCAUCAUAUCUUGUGUAUGUUUUGCGAAAUGCGCAGAGAUAAGUCUGCGAGGCAAGGAGUACAUCAAAUUCGAUCUCCUUGGAACAAACACUAGCAUAUAUGGGACCAGGGAUACGCUAAGCUUACGAUUUAAGACGUUCGAACCGCACGGCUUGUUAUUUUAUGCCCACGGAGUUACCGGUUACGUAACAUUGGAGUUGUAUCAUUGCAAACUGAGAUACACAAUAAACAUGGCGCAAGAGUUCUCAGUCGUAUUUGGCGACAAGCUUUGCGACAAUGAAUGGCAUAGCGUCGUCAUAACCCGUGACAAGCAGAAGCUCGCCAUCCACUUGGACAAAGAACCGCCAAAACUCGUCCAGAUCAAGAUGCUAAAAAAAUUUGACGCCCAGGAGACGCUACGGAUCGACAUACGAAUAUAUGUCGGUGGAACAUGGAAGACAACGAACGAACGGAAAACGAAGAUCGUGAAGAAUUUCGCUGGAUGCAUUGGAGAUGUCUUGUUCAAUUCGUAUCACCUAAUAUCGGAAGCCCAAAAGAAAAGCAAGGGGUAUACAGUCGCCGGUACCCUGUCCUAUACCUGUCCCGCAAGAGAGUACAAACCAAUUCGGUUUAUUGACAAGUAUUCGUACCUCAAAUUUCCCAGUCCGGACCGGAACAAGGUCUCUGUGCAGUUUAAGUUUCGUACGUAUGCCAAAAAUGGUCUAUUGAUGUACAGAGAUGGCUCGAAGAUAUCCGUGUACUUGUAUCUGGAAGAUGGAAAACUAAAGUUCGAAUUUUACAUCCCGGGAGGAACGAAGGAGCCAGUCAUUUUAAACACGGACGAAUGGUUGCACGGCAUCGAUUUUAACGAUGGGGAAUGGCAUUCCGUGGAGUCGUCUUUUGAAGCGACCACGAUGCUAUUUCAUGUGGAUAACACAAGUCCUGUCAAUGCGGAUGCGCAUACGAAAUUACUCGGCUCCUCAAACGAUUGGCAUUUUGAAAACGACACCCAUGUUGGUGGUGGGACGUAUUACAAGCGAAUGUACGGCUUUGUCGGUUGCAUGAAAGAUUUGCGCGUGAACGGUGCAAAAGUUAACUUGGAUAAACUGCCAAAGGGAACCACGGCAGUCAAUGUCGUGAUGGGAAGGUGCGACUUGACGAGUUAUUGUCACCCAACUCCUUGUCAGUACAAAUCCAAAUGCGAGCAACUCUCGGGUAACUUUACCUGUCGUUGUAAGCGAUUCUACAGCGGCAGGUAUUGUGAAGUCCCGUCAUUUCAGACGACUUGUCAGGGAUAUAAAGACCUCGGGGUGACGGAGGACUCUUACUGUAGGCUGGAUUCCGACCAAAAAGGAUCGUUAAAAGAAUUUCGGGUUUUGUGCAACAUGACUAACCCCAAAGAGGCCGUUACCAUAGUCAACCAUACAUCCAGCUCCAGACACGUGAAAAUAGCAGAAGAAGCGGAAAGACUUAUCUACGCCUCUAAAAGUUGGGCGCAUGUGUUAGACUAUGGGGUUGAUAUUAAGAGUCUGAUGGCAAUGAUUGACGAGAGCGAUCACUGUCGUCAGUACGUGGAGUUCAACUGCAUCAAUACAAAGUUUCUGACUCCCCGUGGUAAUGACUUGCCCGGUGCAUACUGGGUAUCAGAUGAUGGCGUGGAGCGCCACUACUGGGGUGGGGCAGAGCGCGGAGCAAAAACCUGUGCUUGUGGGGCAGUGGACUCGUGCCACGAUAGAACGAAGAAGUGUAAUUGCGACACAGGAGAUGGGGUUUGGAGGCAGGACUCAGGUUAUCUCACCAAUAAAGCUCAUCUUCCCGUCGUUGGACUAUUUUUCCCGUGGUCAGCAGGAAGUUCCAACUUUACCGUUGGACCGCUCGAAUGCUUCGGGCGUAAAGUCACCCUGACUCGGGAAACAGAGGAGCAAAACUUCUUCGACGUUGCUUGUCAACCAUUGGUCACUCAGCCACCCCCCGUGUUUCCAUGGCAGCUGACGACAACGGCGACACCUAAACCGUGGUCUCAGAAAACGACCCAGACAUUAAAUAUCACCUCAAGCAGCAAUGUGGUGAACCAGUCGACAAGCGCGCAUCCAAUAACGGAAAAUUUGUUCAAUGAUACCAACCUCACUGAUGCGAACGUUACUCAGAGUAGAAACAUCUUCGAGAACAACAGAAGUAACAACCAGCCGACGUCUAUACCGACGACACGGGACACAGCGAAGCAUGACACUAACUCCUUCAUUCACACAGCGAAGCAUGACACUAACUCCUUCAUUCCCGGUAAACUGGCGACGGACCGCGUCGUCGUCGCCGUUGCAGAAGUGAAAACAAGAAAAAUUAAAAGCGAAGGAGAUUGGUGGUUCAUUUUGAUCGUAACGGCUUCGUCUUUUCUCAGUAUUGUUGCCUUUGUUUUCAUCUUGCUGGUGUUUCGUCAUAAGAGAAAGAAUGGGGUUUGGUUUAAAGGCUUAUUCAGUGUGUUCAAAAGUCGUGCACCAUUGCCAACAAUCGAGAUAUACCGGCAUUCCCUUGCGACGGAAACGCCAGAUAUACUUCACAUCGAAGACUUUAAGAACACCAAAGUUGUCGACCUAGAUCUUCAUCGUGGCCAUUUUAUCGCGAAAAAAGACCGCGCGAAGAAAAAAAAGUCGGUCACCUUUAAGGAUCGAUGCUAAAAAUGCAACCGUUCCGAUAUUUUUCGGGCUUGUUCGAAUUUCAAAUUUUGUUCCGCACUUGUAGUGUUCAAUGUACACUUAAUGGUAGUGCCACAAAGCAGUAGGCUAUGCACAUCGAGGCUAACCUUUUUGUGAUGACGCACAAAUAAUGGCAACCAGUUUGUAUAUGAAGCUCUGACAUAUAUAUACAGUAUAUAUAGGCACUCAAAGCGCUUUCCAUUAAGCAGCCAAAAUGGUCAGACCGGCCAUAUUUUAAAUUGAAAUCGAGUAUUUCGUUAAGACUAUA